UUACCAUAUUCUUCUUCUUUCACUUCAUCAAAAACCUAUUAGGGGCGGAGGCAUACCGGCGGUGAGCAAACAUGGUUCACGUUGCGUUUUACCGUAACUAUGGCAAAACUUUCAAGAAGCCACGUCGUCCAUAUGAGAAGGAACGUUUGGAUGCUGAGUUGAAGCUCGUCGGAGAGUACGGUCUUCGCUGCAAGCGCGAGCUUUGGAGGGUUCAAUAUGCUCUUAGCCGUAUCCGUAACAAUGCUAGGACACUUUUGACACUGGAUGAGAAGAACCCUCGUCGGAUCUUUGAAGGUGAAGCACUUUUGAGGAGAAUGUUCAAACAUGGUCUUCUUGAUGAAACACAGAACAAGCUCGAUUAUGUGUUGGCUCUCACUGUUGAGAAUUUUCUUGAACGUCGUCUUCAGACUCUUGUGUUCAAAUCUGGCAUGGCUAAGUCUAUUCACCAUGCUAGGGUUCUAAUCAGGCAGAGGCACAUCAGGGUUGGGAGGCAGGUUGUGAACAUCCCAUCCUUCAUGGUAAGGGUUGAUUCACAGAAGCACAUUGACUUUUCACUCACAAGUCCAUUCGGUGGUGGUCUUCCUGGUCGUGUGAAGCGUAAGAACCUUAAGGCUGCAGCCAAGAAGGCUUCCGGUGGUGAUGGUGAUGAGGAGGAUGAAGAUUAAAUUAUGAUUUUCAUUUUCUUAGAUCCUUGCUCUAGCCUUUUUAUAUCUGUCCUAGACUUUAGAUUUUCUAUCAUGCAAAUGACUUUUACCGUUUUCCCAUCCCUGUUUAUUGUGUGAGGAAAUCUUUGCUUGAGACAUGUUGUUUUUGAUCUUUUCUUUUCCAAGUAUUAAGUUUUGCUCCAAUACAUUUAAAUGAUCUUUGUUAUAAUUGAACCUUUUACUUGAUGGUGUGUGUAAGAGAAUAUUAUUUAGCAGUUUGAUAUUGCAUGUUUUGAUGGUA